AUGAUUGCAUUUGGAAAGAUUCUCAAGGAUGACACAACAUUGGAUGCAGUUGACACUGAUAAUAGUGGAACAAUAGAAUAUGGGGAAUUCCUUGCUGCUAUUGAUCACUUGAAUAAGCUAAUGAAGGAGUUGAUUCAGAUGUCGAGCUGUGAAAACUUCAGGGGUGAAGCCAGUGGGGGGGUGAAUGGAAUAAUGUAUUCUGCACUGAAAAAGAAGUGGGAGAUGGUGGGUCAACAGUCUCUGACCUAUAGCUAUGUGGUCCGUGGCACGGGGAUCCUUAACGAGUAUACCGAGUUCACCGUUGACCGAGUUGAAGAUGACUUCAACAAGAGAUGUGGUGGUGAGAAAGUUGCAGUUGCCGUUAUUCUUGACCUGAAUACAGGGUCUGAUCCCAAACUGAAGGAACAUAUGCAGUACUGUGUAGAUCAUCCUGAAGUACUGUGUAGGUCAUCUUGA